AUGCCUAAUGCCGUAUCCUCCAUAUGCCCAAUGUCAUAUCCUCCCUAUGCCCAAUGCCAUAUCCUCCCUAUGCCCAACGCCAUAUCAUUUCACCCCCUGCUCCCUCUCAUUUCCCCAUCUUCUCCCUCCCAUUUUAACCCCUGCACCCUCUCAUUUCCUUCCUAUUCCCUCUCAUAUCCCCACCUGCUCCCACUCAUCUCCCAUCCCUCUGCUUCCCCGCAUUCCCCCCUAUGCUUCCUCUCUUUUUACAAGUGCUUCCCCCCAGUUUCCCUCAUUCCUUGCCCUCUGUCUCCCCCCUCAUUGCCCUCUGUUUCCCCCCUCCUUGCCCUCUGUUUCCCACCUCCUUGCUCUCUGUUUCCCCUCUCCGGGCUCUCAGUUUCCCCAUUCAUGUGCCCCAUCGCCCUCCUGAGUUCCCUCCCGUCCCUCUGUUUCCACUUUCCCUCGGUCAUCCUAGCACCUCCAGUCCCUCUUUCCCGUGCUCCCAGUUUCCUCACUUCCCUGAAACCCUAUUCCCUCUCUCCCCUCAUCAUAUCACCUCCCUUCCUUCCUUCCUUCCCGUUGUCCAUGUUUCCUCUCUUCCCUGUUUCACCUCUUCCGUCGUCCCUGUCCACCCUCUUACUAUCUCCACCUUUCCCUCCACCCCCACUUCCUUUCUCCUCCUUUCUUUCUCUUCCCCCUUCUCCUUUCCCUCUCCCCUUUUUUCCUAUCAACUCCAUCAUGUUGUGCCAUUACAGCCCAUGCUAG